GCUGCCCUCGGGCGCCCGCCACCCAUGCCGCCCAGCCGCUCUGCCGCCCGCCGCUGAGCCCGCGUCCACCCUUCAGCUCUCAAGAUGUGGCACAAUGUGGGGCUGACCCUGCUGGUGUUCGUGGCCACGCUGCUGAUCGUCCUGCUGCUGAUGGUGUGCGGUUGGUAUUUUGUAUGGCAUCUCUUUUUAUCUAAAUUCAAGUUUCUACGGGAACUGGUGGGAGACACAGGAUCCCAGGAAGGAGAUCAUGAGCCUUCAGGGUCUGAAACAGAAGAGGACCCUUCAGCUUCACCACACAGGAUCAGAUCUGCUCGUCAGAGGAGGGCGCCCACUGAUGAAGGCCACUGACCAGACACCUGCCACACUAGAAUAUGGUCUAAGGCAGUUAUGAGCCUCUGUCUUUAGUGACCUAGCUUUGAAAGUUAUUAAGUGACUGAGGAACAUUUGUAAUUGGAUUUAUAUCCAGUUCAAAAAAGAUUUACAUGUAAGCCAUAUAGAAAUAAAAGGAAUUUAAAUCAAAUUGGACCAUUACAGAUUUCAUCUUGGAUAUUUUGCUUCACUGGGUCUACUUAACAUACUUACUCUUUGGCUUAUUUUUUUUUGCACUGGUGUAAAUCUGUAAACAUUUUAGGCUUGAAAAAACAUGUUAUUAGUCAUAAAAUGUACCCUUUUCUUGACACUUUGACUUCUCAUAAAUUGGGGAGCAUCUCAUUACUGUCAACCAGGUGAUGGUCUUGUCAUUAUUCCAGUUCAUGCAUGUGUGAAUUUGCAGCUUGUUACAAUGUCAUUACCUCAGCUGAUGUGGAUAUUGUUGGUAUCAAAUAUAUCGGGUUUAAUUGACAUUUUUAAAAUAUCUUCAAAAGUACUAUGAAUCGGCAUUGAAACGGAAGGUUGUUGUAUAUGCAGAAAACCAUGCAGACAGCAGUGGAACGUGUUUGAUGUGAAUGAUGCCAACAUUUGCUGCUGGAGAAAUGAUCACAAUUCUGUAUUCCCUUGCAAAGAAACAACAAAAAGCUUUACAGGACUGAAGAAAGGAAGAUACCCACAAGUUGACGAAGCUAUGCUACAUUUUGUCAGUGGGGCACUUGCAAAACAGUUGCCUGUCUUCUUCCCGCCAAGCAAUUGCAGUCGAAGGCAGGAGAAAUUGCCAAAAUCCUCAGAAAUGAUAUAUCAGAAUUCAAAGCAAGGAGAGACUGGUGUGGCUACUUCAUGGAGAGGACUGCCAUUAAGACCUCAAACGUUUUCUCCGAAGCUGCCUGCUGGUGUUAGACGGAAGGCAGUGGUAAGCACCCCUUCAGGAAAUGCCGAAUUGCCAGCACUCUUGACAUGUUUGGGAAAAUAUGCAGAUCCCUAUGACUAAUUUGAAAAAUGGUUGGGAAGAAGGGGACUUGGAAUGUGAAGUUAUAGUUAUAACUUAACCAGUUUAUUUCACACAUUCUUUACAUAGGCAUAAGAUUUAUGUGAUAAAAAUAUUUUAGAACACGAAUAAAUACAAAA